GAGGAAAUAUCAGUUGGAAGCUUUAACUCAGAGAGGUUAGCCGCGUGUGCCGCUCAAUUUCCUUCUGUUACAUUUCUCAUUAUUUUUUUUUAUACAAAUUUCAUUAUUUUUCUCCUUUUCAACACACGUCACACAGAAUUUUUCUACCAUUUUUUUUCGUGCAUUUGAUUUUUAUAUUUUCAUUACCAAACGUCAUCUUUUCCUGUCAAAAAAAAAGUGAUUUUCGUUGUGCGCGCGAAUUUUGAAAACAAAAAAAAAAUAAUAAAAGAGGGAUUUGGCGAAGGUGGUGAAAAUUUUUGAAUGAAAACCGAAGAAAAUUGUGUUUGGAAAAAAAUUCGGGUGAAUGAUUUUGCUGUUGUUUAUUGAGGAAUCCAAAUGGAAAAGUGAGUGGAAAGUCAUUCCUUCGCGCAUUUUGUGGUGAAGUGAAAGAAAAAUCCUGCACAAUUUGCUGUUAUCCAUUUCUUUAUUUAUUAUAUGAAUAUUUUGGAGGAAAAUUUAACAAAAAAAAAAAAUAAAUAAAUAGAAGACAUUUAGAGAGUUGUGAAUAAAAAAGUGAGAUAGUUUGAAGAAGAAAUUUCGUCAACUUUUCCUGAAGAUUGUCGCCAAGAGAUUUUCUUCAAGCAGUCUUGUCGAUUUCUUCAGCAAAUGAACUUCUUGCAACAUUUUUGUGUUCAGUAAAACAAAUCCCUGUCUUAGUUUUUGAUUCUCUAAGGACGUGAGAUAAAAAGAUUCUAAAAGAAAUUUAGUAAUCGAGAAAUAAACAAGUGUUCGUGAGAUUGAGACUCCCCUAAAAGUGACCUUUUGCCCCAAGAGACUUGGAAUUUCCAAAUUGAGACACUUAGAGAUCGUGGUGGGGGGCUUCUGAUGCAAUGAUCAUAUCCAAGGAUCUGUUUCUCCUCGGUGAACAGGACUAUCUACGACUGCCGAAAGACGAGAAGCGUGCUGGCAACAGAAAGAGUGAUCCUGCGCCGCCAUCAGCUGGCAUGGGGAAGACGCCUCCUGAUGAGUCACGAGUUGAACAUACCGCGCUCACCUUUCCCUGCAUGCUGGAACCAUCGAGGCCGCUGCAAUUAGUCUUCCAGGACAUUUGCGUGUCCGUCCAGAAGAGGCCGAUUCUCAAAGAUGUCAGUGGCAUUGUUCGACCGGGUCAAGUACUGGCUGUCAUGGGUCCAUCAGGAUGCGGCAAGACUACCCUCCUAGACUGCCUAAGUGGUCAGCGUUCUAUAGACUCUGGCACCAUUCGGCUCAACAGGGAGCGUCUAUCAAAGAAAUGGCGUCGUCGGAUAUGUUAUGUUCUGCAGCAGGACAUCUUCUUUGCCGGCCUAACCCUGCGCGAGACCCUUGAGUACACAGCAAUGCUCAGGUUGCCAGACAAACUGCCGCGGGCCGAGAAGAUGCGCUGCGUUGACCACAUCCUCGAAGUAUUAGAGCUGACGCCGUGCCAGCAUACCAAGAUCGGCGACUACCUCAAUCGCGGCCUGUCUGGUGGCGAAAAGAAGCGUGCCAACAUUGCCUGUGAACUGCUCACAAAUCCCUCCAUCAUGCUACUGGACGAGCCUACGUCGGGACUCGAUUCACAUGCUGCCACCUCGCUCAUCUCAUCAUUACAGAGGUACGCUGCCCAGGAGCACAAAACAGUGGUCAUCACAGUCCACCAGCCAUCAUCACAGAUGUUCCACAUGUUUGACCGACUGCUAUUGCUCUGUCGAGGUCAAACGGCGUACUUUGGUGACGUCAAUCGUGUCGUAGACUUCUUCCAAGACAUCGGACUCACCAUGAAAAGCCAUUAUAAUCCUGCUGACUUUAUCCUUGAACAAAUAAAAUCAUCGCCUGAGGUGCGAGAUAAGAUCAUCCAGGCAGCUAGAGCUGCUCGUAAAUCUUCUUCCUACCCUUGUGAGCUGAACCAGGACCAUUUUACGAAGGAUGGCGUAGUGAUGGUUGAUUUCAGGCAUCUUCAUAGUCUUCUCAAGGAUGAUAGAAUUGUAGCGAAUGGUGUUGCACCAAUUGAGGAGACACAGUCUGAGGAGGGCAAACAGCUGUGGAUGGAAACGCAAUCUCACUCAAGUUCAGCGUCUAGUGACAGUCACGAUGGUGACUUUUGGCUAGGCUACCCCACCAGCUUCUACACGCAAUUCAAGGUGCUGUCACAGCGGAAUUUCAAAGAAGCCAGACCAAGAAUGCUGUCCAGGCUCAAUUGGUUGCAAACCAUUGGACUGGGCAUGAUGGCGGGUGCCCUGUGGUUCCAGUUACCCAAGACAGAAGAAUCCCUACAUGAUAUUCAAGGGUGGAUGUUCUUCUCACAGACCUACUGGAUGCUCUUCGCCCUCUUCGGAGCCCUCAGCUCCUUUCCUCCAGAACGUGAAGUGAUCAGCAAGGAACGUCGAUCGGGCGCCUACCGCCUUUCGGCGUACUACAUAGCCAAAAUGGUCGGAGAAUUACCACUAGUUAUAACGUUACCAGCAGUUUACCAUUUAAUUAGUUAUCCAAUGCUUGGAUUCAGCAGUCCAAGUUUAUUUCUUACAAUGUUGGCAUUUCUACUCCUAAAUACAAUUGUAGCACAGAGUGUGGGCUUCUUCGUGGGUGCCUGCUGCAUGGACAUGAACUUGAGCAUCACCGUCAGUGCGCUCUACACCCUCGCCACGCAGUUAUUUGGAGGUUACCUUUCGACGAGAUUUCCCUCGUGGCUUGAAUGGGUGAGAUUUACAUCGAUGAUCCACUAUGCGUAUCAGAAUAUGCAAAUUCUCGAAUUCAGCGAAGGACCGCCUAUUGUUUGUGGCGAGCAGAGUAAGUUCGCAAUUUGCACGACAGAAAACCCAGAUGGCACCACUAACAAGUACAUCCCUGUUGAUGCCAUUCUCGAUGCUCAAGGCUGCACAGCACCCCUCUGGCUCAAUACCCUGGUUCUCGUGGCCUUCCUCAUAGUCUUCCGCCUUCUCGGCUACAUUGUCCUCCGCUACGUUAGGUGUCCCAAGUGACCUUUCGCUGGUCCAGCCCAAAAACGCGCCAAGUCGCGAAGAAAAAGAACAUAAAACAGGUAUUUUUACGCUAUAACAUAAAGUUUUUAAAGUAAAGAUGAAUGCAAAAAAAAAGUUGUUGAAUUUUACUAAGAGACAAUUCUUGCGAAUUUGAUCACAAUGUUAAAGAUGAAAGCGCCAUAGAAAUUAACUGAAAAUAAAAGAUAUCAAAGUACAUGGUAGGUUUUAAGACACUUUGACGGGAGUUUUAUUUGUGAUUUUGUGACGAAACAAAAAAUCGUGAAACACUGAAAUUAGCAAAAAUACAAUAUCUAUUAGGAAUAUUAAAAAAAAACGAUAAAAACUGUUCAUUGAAGUAUUCAACACUCCUUUAUUCGUGAGGAUCAUUUUUUUAAAAAACUAUUUUCACUAUUUUACAACACGAAAAAAAAAGAAAAAUCCUUAGCAUUUAAGAAUUUCUUUCUCAAGUUGAAAGAUCGACAAGUUUUUUUUAAGAGGUGAAAAAAAUAAAGAAGAAUUAUAUCCAUUAUUGAAAAUGGAAAAUCUCUCGAAAAGAAAUCCCCCUUUCUUUCCCCAAAAGAAAAAUUUAGAGUUUUUCUUUUUGAAACAAAAUAGGGAGAAAAUUCAUGUAUAAAAGAAGUCUGAGAAAAUAAAUCGUGAUAAAGGCAAAAAUAUUGUUUUGAUAAAACCUUUCUUUUUAUUAUAAUAAUUAUAAUUAUUAAAAGUUAUAUACGAGAAAGAGAUAAUACAAAAAGAAAACAAUAAGGAAGAACCAAGUAGAGAAUAAAGUGAAAUAUUCUAAUUUUUACUAUGGUGGGACCUUAAAAAAAAACUGUGCCAAAUUAUUGUAAAAAAGUAAAUGAGUAGGAAGCACAAAAGAAAUUUAACUCCACUUUGUAUUCUGAAUAGAAAAAAAAAUGAAAAUUAAGCAAACACAAAGAAUAAGAAAUAGAAAAGAAACAUAUUGUUGAAAUAACAAGAUGAUUACCAUAUAAUAAAAGAAAAAAAAACAGAAAUAUAAAAAUGAAAAAUAAAUAUUUAUCACAAAGUGUUAAUAGGUAUUUUAAAGAAAACAUUUGAGAAAUGAUACACAAAAGAGGAUCUAGUGUAUAAAAAUGUUGAAUAACUAACCGAUACUGCCUGAAGCUUUUUUUUUAUACAUAUGUAAUUGAAAAAGAAAAAAAAACAACUAUUUACUAGGUAUAAUUUAGAAAUUUAUAUAUUUGAGAAUGAUGUAGUGUUGUCAUACCGAAAGAAAUAGACAAAUCAAUAUCCGAAUAUAUUCGAAAACUCUUAAUUUUAAGGGAUAUUUUUUACAAAAAAAGUUCAAUCAAACAAUAAAUAAAAAAUGCAACCUAAAAAGAAUAAUGAAUGAGAUGAUGUGUGAGCCUAUGAUAAAAGAUUUUAGUCUGUUAAUUUUUAUAAAAUCAAUCGUUCUAGAUUUUACAUUUUUAGUAGUCAAAAUAUUAUAACAGAAUUAUUCCUUGUCUCUUCAUUUUUUUUUAAUUAUCCUUGUUCACUGUAGCAUUUAGAAUGAGAUAAAGAUGUAUUGCCUUUUUUUUAUUGAAGAUAUUAUGGAGCAAAGAGAAUGGCGAAAAAGAUCGACUUUUCUAUUGUGUUUGAUGAAAGUGUUUUUAUUUCAUAAGAAAUUGUAUGAUUUUAAUUUGUAAUUUUAGGAAGAAUAUUGAAAAUUUUUUUCUCUAGGUUUAGUCUCUCAACAAUUUAUAUUUUAUUCAGUUACUCAUUUUUAAAUUAUAUUAUUUGAAAACAAGAAAAUACAAUAAUUUUAAAUUUA